UAUGGGGACACGUGGCUAAUUGGUCUGGUAUAGAGUUUCAGGCAGACUGAAUGACGAAAUCAACGUAAAACCUCGAACACAGAUGUAUCGUUUGAGGUUGCCAUACUUCACAGUAGAAAACAAAGAACAGGCAGACAAAAAGAUAGUGAUAUCAAAGUAGACAAACUUGUAUGAUGGAAUAAACAACAUGAAGGUAAAAGUGAAAGCAAAUAUUCAAGCUUUAGAUGUCAAGGGGUACAUACAUCUGCGCCACUAUGACCGAUUUCAGACAUAUCACCAAGAGUCCUCAACCACUGAUCUCUUUCGUCUUGAGGACCCCAACAAACCCCACAUGGCUCAAACAAACAGUCAAACACACUUCAUCAACUGGUGCCACAUUUUGGUCUGGCUACCUGGAUCCCUCUUCCAAACUAAUGCAGCUUCCCUUCCCAUGGCACAUCAAGAUAGAAGUUGGUUCAGUAUGCCCAGUCUAAGCUAUCUCAGUCAAUGAAGCUCCACAAGCCCAAUAAUCUACUUGCCUAGUACCCCUUGCGUGAUCUGUACAUUCCUCACACGAUGAUUUCAAAAAACCCGAGCAAUGCUAUAGAGACAUCCGCGACUGAAACCCAGUAAUCGCUUCAUGCCUUUUACGUUUAACGACCAUGUCUCAGCCGUAUGAUAGGACAGAACGGACUGCAGUGCAGUGUGCUCAUCCUAUGAUAGAUAGUCCGAUAUCUCGCCAGGUGGUG